UACAGUUUCCGCGAUGGGCGGUAUAUAGUUUCCGCGAUUUCUUCUUCACGCGGAACAUGCUCGAUGGAAUGAAUACACUCUCUCAGUCAUAGGAUCAGGCGGCACAAGCUGCUUUCUCUCGCGGUUGAGAUGACCCAGUCCUAGUUGACGCUGUGCUGAUAGUUGUUUCUUUCGACAAACCCUGCUUUUGGAGGAAUGAUGCUGCAAAUAGACGCUCACUGGAUUUUAUCCGCCGUCCUUGUUACAAUUUGCGUAACACAAGGUGCUGCCCUCCUUUGCUCAAUAUGUGGCAGCAACACAGAUCCGAACUGUCUCGACAAUCCUCCCCCUCCAGAAAACUGUACAACCACGUGUCUGGCUCGAGACGAAGCAACAGGAGUUUGUAUUAUUGAGGAGAAGCUAGAGAAAUGUGUUAUAAUCAAAAAGUUAGAUGCCAAUGAUACGUUAUUGGAACUUUCGAGGGGAUGUAUCCCAAAGACUUUUACCCAGAAUAAUGACUGGAAUUGCCAAGUUGGUUCAAAGGAUGACGUGGCGCAUAGGAUAUGUAUGUUUGGGUGCGAGGUGGACAACUGUAACAAAGGAGCCCGGAUGGGCCAGUCCGUGCUCAUGGUAUCUUGCCUUAUUGCUAUGUGUGGAAUUUUGAAUAUACUGUAAACCGUCAAAUAUUCGAGGAUGUUUUAAUUUCCCGUUUUUUGCGGAUGUUUUUCGAUUUGUGAAAAAUUAUAUUUUGAUUAGAAAUAUUUUUUAACUGAAAAACCGAAAGAAAAUGUGCAAUCCAACAAAAUAAAAAUCGCGAUAACUAUUUUUUUGGCAGACAUUUUCGAAAAUCGCAAAAAAUAGGCGCGAAAUUUUGGCGAUUCACAGUAUAUCGAAGACAGAAGACGAAUAGGAAGGUGCCUGUGUUUCAUGAAGACAAUACCUUUGCAUGCGGUCCAGCCAUUCAAAAGGAGUGAUUUCUAUCAGCAUAUCAUCUAUAGGCCUAAUGCUUGCACGUACAUGUUACUUGUGAUGGGUUUGUUUUAGGUCUAUGUUACCCUUGCUGCUGGCCGUACAAAUAAUAUUUUCUUGUAUUUAUUUGCAGUAGCCUUAUUUAUAUACUGUACAUGCAUAAGUAUAAAUAUUAGUGUUUAUUUAUUCUUAUCCGAAGUUAAGCUAGAAAAGUGCCACUCACACAUUUUUCAGUAGUUUCCUUACGAUCACUUUUCUCAAACCAGACACACCUGUACAUACCAGACUCUAAAUUUUGAACAUGUCAGAACACAUUAAAAUAAAUCGAAAUGCAUUCACAAGAAAAAUGUUUUGGAGCAUGGUUCGAGAAAAAGGAUCAUCAAUCCUUUCUUGAACUGCGUCACAGUAGGCCCUUUUCUGGGAUAAAAUUUGAUUUUUAGUGGCCCAUCGGCAAUAUUUCGGUGACGAAAUGCAGUUGUUGCCGUGUUUUUUAUUGCGGUCGUUUGAUGGCUGUAAGCUAGAUCAUUAUCUGUGCUUUGAUUAUUUUGGCUACAAAUGUGGUUGGCCGUUCCUCGAGUGAUUCAAACUCAGUGUCCUUAAACGUUGCAACACGGGAAUCGCAUCAACUAGCGAAUGUUUUUGAUGUAAACGCGCGUUCCUCGAGUUAGAGGCAUAUAUGUAGGUGUAGAAGAGACAGUGAAUGGUUUAUGACAGCUGAUGCACCUGCGGUGAGAGUGCCAAUCUCCAAAACAAAAUAUUUGGUUGAACGUUACGAACAUGUAUGUAGACGACGCAAAUGUAACGAACUUCAUAAACUGUAUAAAAAGUGUAAUCAUUCACCAAUGUAUAAUUAAUUAGCCCUUUUUGUAAUGCAUCCGCUUGUGUCUUAAUAAAAAAUUGUAAUGUUUUUGGUCA